AUGCUGGACUACACUGCUCCUUGGGACAUAAUGAUGCCACAAGAAUCAGCACCUGAAACCAAUGAUGCUACCAUCAGCUCAGCACCAGUGGCUUUGUCAACCUUGAACCAAACAACCUCAAUGAGUGAUACAAGUGCAACAGUCAUGGUUCAGAAUACUUUGCAACCUCAGAAUGACUAUUCAACGCAAGAAGGCAACAUUCUUAAUGGGCCAUUGGCAGCCAGCACAAAUUCUAAUCUGAUAAAUCCACUACACAUAGCAGAUGCAGCGGCUUUGCAGAAUAUGGACCAACUAACCCGGAGGGAAUCAAGCGCAACAUUCAUGGAUCAGAGUAACAUGUAUCCCUUGAAUGACUCUAUAACGUCAGAGUACAUUACUUGUAUGGACAGAGCGCUAUCCACCUCAGGUUUUACGGAAUCACAAAACGCAGCCCCUGCAGCAGGUGGUGGUCUUAACCUGGAAACAGCGUUGGAUCAAUCAAUGGAAAUGUCUGACAGCUCAGCCGAUAAUCACAAUACCACUAGUGGUAUUUCUGGACUUGAUCACAACUUGUCCUCAGAUGAUCUGUCGCCACAUGAAGAUGAGCACUUCGACUUCAGUGUCACGCCGAAAAAAGUUCCCUUGCAGGGUGCUGAGUUUUGUUUUUCAUCUGAUCGAGCGUUACCUGGGAAUGUGCAGUCUGCAUUUGCUGUCUUCGAAUUUAAUCUAGGCACUGUCGAAGUUAGGAGGUUUGGCGAAGACUCCCUUAUUGGAGAGAGAAUUCCACAAAUGAAUUAUCUAGCAGAUGAGCUCCGCGAAAUUGAAUUGGCACGUGAAGAUCAGGAAUUUGGGAUCAAGAAGGCAGCUGGCAGCCACAGUCUGAUGUGUUUUUGUGAAACUAGACAUUUUAACCGAGAACAAAACUCGUAA